AUGGCCAUUCACCACAUAGUCCUGUAUAAGUUUAAGCCCGAGGUGACCCCAGAACAGAAACAGAACGUGAGGGACAGCGUCAGCGCUCUUCCGUCGCAGGUACCUGCAAUCCAAAACCUUAUCACUGGCGAAACGGUGUACAACCAUCUCGGACACGGCUUCGACGAAGGGGUCAUUUGCGUGUUCGAGAGUCAAGCCAAGUUGAACGAGUAUCGCCCACACAAGGCGCUUGUUGAUUAUCAGGCGUUAUUGGACCCUUUGCUCGAAGGUCUACUCAUUUUUGAUAUCGAGUCAUCCGCCUAG